UUUGUGUUAAUUACAAAGACAACUGCACAAUGCAAUAGAAAGUUGCAUAAUUAUUAUUCUCUGUUCUGUGCGAAUAUUAAGUGCUUAUCUGAAGAUGCCUGUUCCGAAAGUAGAGAAACCAGCUCCCUCUAGCGACCCUGUAAAGGCUAAGCAGCUGUCCCUAGCUGGGAAGUGGGCUGACUACCAGUUCAAGACUCUCAAACAAUGUGACCUCUCCAAUUGCACCAAAAGAGAGAUCAAAGAGUAUUUCAAGAACACCUAUGACUUGGACGAGUUACUAUUCUCUUCUAUUCAAGAUGAGAAGUACUUGUACAGAUGUCCUGAUCGGCUUCGUCUUCCCCUCGUUUUCUACCUCUCCCAUCCGUCGAGCGUGUACAUCAACAAGCUCAUGUUGGCAGGACUAGUCACUGAACGUGUUGAUUUUGAAUUUGAGAAGCUGUUUGAAACCGGAGUGGAUGAAAUGUCAUGGGAUGACACGGAGAACUAUCGCAUGGGUGGGUCGUUCCAAUGGCCCAAUGUUCACGAUGUAUUGAGUUACCGUGAUAAAGUACGAGGCGUGAUUGAUGAUGUCAUUGACAGCACAUCCCUCCAGCUACCAGUCACUCAUGACAGCCCCUGGUGGGCAGUGUUCAUGGGGAUGGAGCAUGAGAGGGUUCAUAUUGAGACCUCCUCGGUGCUCAUUCGCCAGCUGCCAGUGGACGUCCUCAAGAAGCCAGAUAACUGGACCUAUGCCCCUCCCACUGCUGGCACUCCCCCUGGCCCCAACAAGUUCGUCAAGGUGCCGGCUGGGAGGGUGGUUGUGGGAAAACCCCAGGACUUUCCCUCAUUCGGCUGGGACAACGAGUACGGGCGACACCAGGCUGAAGUACCAGAGUUUGAGAGUUCCCAGUAUCUGGUGAGCAAUGAGGAGUUUCUGGAGUUUGUCAAUGAUGGAGGCUACAGCAAACCAGAGUUGUGGACAGAGGAGGGUUGGAAGUGGCUAGAGUUUCGUGGUGCUAACCACCCGGCCUUCUGGGUGUGUGGGGAGGGGUGCAAGUCCGGCUGUGGGGCGGAGCUAGCCUCGUACUCUCACUGCACUAUUGCCAAUGGAGACAGCACUCCACACAAGGAAGGAAGCAACGGGACUUCUAAUGGCACUGUUGUCAAUGGAGACAGCACUCCACACAAAGAAGGAAGCAACGGGACUUCUAACGGUACUGUUGUCAAUGGAGACAGCACUCUACACCAGGAAGGAAGCAACGGGACUUCUAAUGGGAAACCAACCAAGUGCAAGUACAUGUACCGUGCGAUGUUUGAUGUGUUAGAGAUGCCUUUGUACUGGCCAGUGGACGUUAACUAUCACGAGGCCAGGGCCUACUGCACCUGGAAGGGGUCAGAGUACAGACUACCCACUGAGGCGGAACACCACCGAAUGAGAGGAUAUGAGAAUCCAUCAUGUGAUGUGUCAUGUGACCCUAGUGCCUUCAACAGCGAACACCAUUCCAACUCCAAUCUCAAGUACGGAUCAUCCACUCCUGUCAACAUGUACCCUGCUAAUUCCAUGGGAUUUUACGAUGUGUUUGGUAACGUCUGGCACUGGACAGAAGACCAUUUCAACGGCCUUCCAGGAUUCAAAACCACUUAUCUUUAUGACGAUUUUUCCUCCCCUUGUUUCGACGGUAGACACAAUAUGAUCUUGGGUGGCUCCUGGAUCUCUACUGGACACGAGGCCUCGCGAUUCGCCAGGUUUGCUUUCCGUCGUCAUUUCUUUCAGCACGCUGGAUUCCGAUUGGUUCGUUCGGCUGAGCCCACUCCGGUGAGGGUGUGCAAUGUGGAGGUGUUCGUGCUCGGGGCUGGAGUGUCAGACAACCCAGUGACCACUCCCGGAGUGGAUCUGGAGACGGCUUCAGUGGAGAGUACUAACAAACAGUACCACUUUGAGACUGAGGACAAACUACAGGAACAACUCGCACUUGAGUAUGGAGGACAGGACAACUCGGCCAGUCUAGUAGAGUUCAUUGACAAGACAGUGAAGGAGCAAGGCUGUGGGACGGCCAAUGCUAUUCAGUUUGGUUGUGGUACUGGUCUCAAUUCCUUCCUCCUCACCAAGGUCUUUGACACGCUCAAGGCUGUGGACUAUUGUGGGAGGUUUAUCGAUGCUGCCCUCAGGGUACAGUCUGGAGGGUUGGUCCAGUACAGAGAGGGAAGGACAGCUACAGUGCCAGCUGGAACCAAGCCAGAGAAUGUGACCUUCAUUCAACUGACGUGGAUCCCCAAUGAGAUUGAGGGCUACGAUGUGGCUGUGUUUGAGUUCAUUGAUCGUCUGAGUGAGCCGAGGGGGUGGCUACUCAAACUGUGGGAGGCUGUGGUGUCAGGGGGUGUGGUCAUAUUCCUCACAAACCCAGAUAGCAAGUGGGACGAAACCAAGGUUGGAGAUGUCAUCGGGAAGAGUUUUGAUUUGAAGCUGACGGCUGCCGUGGGCAACAAGACAGCCAUGGUCUGGAAGCGAAAAUCAUAAGAACUAUUAAACUGUUGAAAUGCAACUAAAUUUAAUUUUAUAUAAGACUCAAUUCUUUUAGUGUCAUCAAUCGUUAGUAACUGUGUUUGAUCUAGAUCUACAUGAUAUUUUAAUUUGUCAUAAA